UAUAUCAUUACGAACGAGCGCCCUCUUCUCGAUCUCGAACCCGUGCACAACUUUUAAGAUCGUCGUAAUAUUACUAUCGUGCGCGUUCGUAUCAGUGUUACACGUGCGGGCCAGACGUCUCUUGAGACUCGUAUAUUACAAUAUUAUUAUCACCAUGCACGCCGCCGCGUUUCCGAUGCACCCGACCCCGCUUCUGUAGACGACGGCGUUUGCCGUCGUAGCGAUGGUGCUGCAGGCUCCCACGACCCAAGCGGGCAUCAUCGCAAUCCUCCAGAACAACGUGCUGGGGACGGCGCAAUUCCACAGACAACAGUCGUGGCCGUUUGACCCGGACGUGAGCGCCCGCCGGACACACGAGUUCGUCGCGCUGCACGGCGACAAGUCGGAGUGGCUGAUCGAACGCAUCGGCCUGGGACUGGAUGGCAGGCAACAUGAGCGCCGGGAACAGCAGGCGGUCAGGGACAUCCUGUACGAACAGCAGCAUCGAAACGAGCCAGCUUCCGGUGCAGGCGGCGGUUACCACCACAACCGAUUGCAGCGACUGCAGCAGCCACAGCCGGUGCAGGCGUAUCCGGCCGGUUACGCGCGAAGACGAUGACGCGGCAUGGCGUGUCGAGGUUUUUUUUAUUUUUACCAAUGUCCGGCGUCGAUCGCACAGUAAUUAAGUGACAUUUAUACGGCGUCAUCGACGAUCGCCGACGACGGUGCAGCUGCAGUUUGCACUUGUUUCCAGCCUAUACUAUAUUAUACGACGUGAUGCAUCGAAAUCGCUGCACUCGUACGCAUUUAAUAAUGUACAAUAUAGUUUUAAGUGUUCACCAUUGCUCACCUGAAUGGCGAUAGUAACAAUUUAGAAUUUAGUAAAAACCAAUUUUUUUAGUCAUUAGAACUGUAUAUAAUACCUAUAUAUAAUGUAUAAAUAUGUAUUAUUAUUUUGUACCUAUGUCGUGGGUUGCACCAACGACAACAAUAAAUUAUAAUAAAAUAUUGAUACUUU